CUUCCUUAGCCUGAUCUCUCUCCCAUUUCUUUCCUUUUAUACGUUUAGGCUUUCUCUUAUCCAAUCCUUUUUCCUCUUGACUUUCUCCAACUUCCUCUCCCUCCCCUCAAUGCCAGAUAUGAAGGGAGAAGUCAUGUGGCCUCGAUUAGUGGCCAACAAAUUCCUCAGGAAGACAUUGGGAAGCAACAAUUUUGUCACAGAUUUUCCGGGCAACAUAGAAGGCAUCCUGGAAAUUCCAAGCUCAGACCAAACAUCUCCAAGACCUAAGACUAUCUUCAAUCAUCGCAACGACGUGCAUAAAGUUUUCGUUAGUACUUGGAACGUUGGUGGGAUUGCACCACACGAUGAUUUGAAUAUUGAGGAUUUGUUCGAUACAUGCAACAAUUCCUGUGACAUUUAUGUGAUUGGGUUUCAAGAAAUCGUGCCCCUAAGAGCAUCAAAUGUUCUAGGAUCAGAGAAGAGUAAAAUUUCUAUGAAAUGGAAUUCCUUAAUUAGAGAAGCUUUGAACAAGAAAAUACACAGCCGGGAACAUGACCAAUAUAAUCAUCUACAAGAAAGUGCAAAAAAUGCAAAAAAUGGAAAGUCCAUUGAAAGCAGCAUUCCUCAAGAUUAUCAGUGUAUCAUAAGUAAGCAAAUGGUUGGGAUAAUGAUAUCGGUUUGGGUUCGAAACAAUCUCCGUCCUUUCAUCAAGCAUCCAAGCGUCUCAUGUGUAGGUUGUGGCAUCAUGAGCUGCCUAGGAAACAAGGGGGCAGUGUCUGUUAGAUUUCAGUUGCAUGGAACAAACCUAUGCUUUGUGUGCUGUCAUCUAGCUUCAGGAGGUAGAGAAGGGGAUGAGAAGUAUAGAAACUCCGACGUAGCUGAAAUAUUUUCUCGGACAAGUUUUCCUAGACGCCCUUUACUUGAUUUGCCGCGAAAGAUUCUUGAUCAUGACCAAGUUAUCUUUCUUGGGGACUUAAAUUAUAGAAUUUCCCUACCAGAAGGAACAACACGAUUAUUAACAAAUAGAGGAGAGUGGAAUGCAUUACAAGAAAACGAUCAGCUAAGGAUGGAGCUUAGGGAUGGUCAAAUAUUCCAAGGUUGGCAAGAAGGAAUAAUCAAAUUUGCUCCCACUUACAAAUAUUAUCCGAAUUCUGAUUCAUAUUAUGGAUGUCUUGAAGAUAUAAAGGGUGAAAAAAGACGCGCUCCUGCAUGGUGCGAUCGGGUAAUUUGGUAUGGAAAGGGUUUAAAGCAGCAUAAAUACUAUAGAAGUGAACUAAAGUUGUCAGAUCAUAGACCUGUCAAAGCAAUAUUUACAGCAGAAGUUGGGGUUACACAAACGUUGAAAGGAUUUCAAAGUUUUUUCCGAUCCGACAGGUUUGAGCGAAUUACAAGCCACUUUGAGUUAUCUGCCUCCACUGAUGAUAUUCUAUGUAAAGGUAGCACUUCCUCCAGAACGUUCCAAUUGCCGCAGAACCACACCCUCCCUCUUUCCCAUCUCAACAUCGACCCCAACCUCCACGUCACCUUCUGUUACCUCCGCACCUACCUUAACACCGCCACCAUUGCUGCUGCCGCUAACAACCCUUUCCAAGUCAUUUCCACCGCACUCUCCACCACACUCUCCGCCACUCUCAUCCACUACUACCCUCUUGCCACCAUUCUCCACCAAAACCACCUCUUUUGUAGUAUUAAAAACCUAAUCGUGCCACUUACCCACACCACCGUGGAUGACACCACUCUUGACUCUCUCAACUAUCUCGACGACAACCUAGAUACCCACUUUCUCAGGCAGUUGGUGCCCGACCUGAAUCAAGAAGAGAGGCUUGUAAACCCGUGUGUGCUACAAGUCACGGUGUUCAAGUGUGGUGGGUUUACUCUCAGGGCUGCAAUACACCACUCGCUGUGUGAUGUAGUCGACGUAACUCAAUUCUUCAACGUUAUGGCUGAGUUGGCUCGUGGGGCAACUCGGGUUUCGGUUAAACCGGUGUAG